ACGCUUUUUAUUAAUAUUAUUAUUUUUCAGAACCAAAAUCAGUAUAAAAUGUGUGGUAGAGUUUUUCAAAUUAUCAAGAUAAUAAAGUAAAAUGUCUUUUAUUAAUGAUCCUGUAUUAAAUAUUAUAGUAGUAGGAUUUCACCACAAAAGAGGCUGUCAGGUGGAGCAUUGUUACCCUGAGUUGAUACCUGGUAAACCAUGCGAACUGCCUGCACCCUGGCGUCAUCUGCCGGCUUUAGCUUUGCCAGAUGGAUCUCACAACUACCUUUCUGACACAAUAUUCUUCAAUUUACCCGGCCUGUCGGAGCCUGCCCAUACUGUUUAUGGCAUAUCAUGUUUUCGACAAAUUCCUGUAGAGGAAGUUGUCCAGAAAACAGAAGACAUGACUCGGAGUUCAGUUCAAAAGAGUGUAUGUGUAGUCUGCCGAGCACCACUCUUUGGUCGGCUUGCUGUAAAAAUGGAGCUUGUUGUGCGCGCUUGGUUCCUCCAGGGUGACUUCUCCCAAACAAAACUCCUUGAAGAUGCCUACAAUCAUUUAAAUAGUUGCCCAGUGCAGAUUGAUCAAACUCUAGAAGGUUUAUCAGUUCAGAAAUUAGUAGAAAGUUGGAAGCAUAAAGCGUUAUUAUUGUUCAAAUUGUUAUUGUUGAGACGUAAAGUACUGAUUUAUGGCUCGCCUGCUGGUACACUGUCUGCUGCGCUCUUGACCCUGGUGUCGUUGUUACCACAUUGUUUAGAAAGUGGACUAUCCCUUGCUGCUAAUGUAACGCUAUCUAGGCCAUUAUCUCCAACACCUGCAGAUAUAGAGUGUAAAGUAGAAGAAAUUGACUCAGCUGUAGUAGCUCACAAUGAACCUUAUUUAAAUGGAACUACACAAUUAGAUGAAGAGUUAUCUCCCAAAGAAACGGGUAAUAUGUUGGAAGAGAAAGACAGAAUAAGUCGACAAAGUUUCGAUGAAACAAUACUCACUGAUGUUGUGGAUCGGCAAGAUUUGUCUGCGAGCAGGGAGAAAUGUCACAGUAUCGGAGAGAAAUACAAGCCGAAGUCGGUCACGGAAGCGCAACAGAGUCCUACGAUGGCUCGGGACAUGAGCGUGGACGGCCUGUACAAUCUGACCGGACAGAUAGACCAUACGGAGUGUGGCUUGCCAUUGCCAUUAUUUGAGGAUGGAUACCUAUGUCUGCCAUAUUUAUCAUUACAGUAUUUAGAUUUGUUAUCCGACAGUGCGGUAGAAGGCUUUGUGGUGGGUGCGUCCAAUGUGUUGUUUAAACAGAAGAGGCAGCUGUUCGACGUGCUGGUGGAGCUGAACGAGAUGCGCAUAGAGACGGCGGACCUGGCGCUGCGCCGGCAGCUGACUCUCGGCACCGAGGACCUGCGAUUCGCAGACCACGUGGUACGCCACGCCGCCGCGCAGGGCGACGCCUGGAUACGAGAUCAAUUUGCUAGUUACUUAAUUUAUCUUCUAAGGACUUCCUUGUUACCAGAAGGUAGCAGGGAAUUCGACUCAUACAAUGCUCAAUUUAUGAAUGCUUUAAAGUGUACACCGGCGUAUCAGAAGUGGCUGAAGACAAUCAAUGAAGGGGACAUACAGAACUUUAUAAACCUUAUGCCCAUGCAUCCAUUUUCGGGCCAGUUGUCAGUUGCGGAUAUGAAACUAAAGUUUGCACAUACUAUGUCUACAACGGAGGGUGGUCGUAAGGUGACGGCGGCGGUGGCGACUACGGGUCGCGCGGUGGCCACCACUUCGCGUGCGGUGGGCGGCGCGCUGUCGCAGGCGCGUGGUGCGCUCUCCGGAUGGUGGUCGGCGCUCACCACACCCGCACCCCCCAUGCCUCACACCGACACAUCCGCACCCCCCGAAGCCCCUCCACACCACGGCGAUGACAAGAUGUCCGCCUCCGACGCGGAGGAUAUCGUCGAGCAGCUAGAAGAUGACAAUAGGAAGGAACCCCUCACCGACAACUCUGACCCCCCAGAUAAACUGAUCGAAGAAAGCACCAAUACCAUAGCGAAGAUACGUGUUGUUUGAAUCUUGAUACGAAUUUAAUGUACCAUAUUGUUG